AUGGGUGAUUUCGCCAACUUUGGGGGCACGGACGAGGAGAAUGCUGAGAUCAAGCGCCUCAAUGCCGAAGUGGAGGAGAACACCGACAACUUCGAGAACUGGGAAAAGUUGAUUCAGGCCUGUGAAGCCCUCGAGGGGGGCCUCAAUCGCAAUUCGAGCCCCCAAGCGCUGGCGGCCCUUCGCGACUCAUACGACCGAUUUCUCCUAAAAUUCCCGCUGCUCUUCGGGUACUGGAAAAAAUAUGCCGACCUCGAAUUCAACAUCUCCGGCCCGGAGUCGGCCGAAAUGGUGUAUGAAAGAGGUUGCGCUAGCAUCACCAACUCCGUCGAUUUGUGGACACAGUAUUGUUCUUUCAAGAUGGAGACUACUCACACCCCCCACCUCGUGAGAGAGCUAUUUGAGCGCGCCGCUUCUCAUAUCGGCCUAGACUUCCUCUCCCACCCAUUUUGGGACAAGUAUCUGGAGUACGAAACGAGGCAAGAGGCGCAGGACAAAAUCUUUGCGAUCCUCAACCGCGUCAUCCACAUCCCCAUGCACCAAUACGCCCGCUACUUUGAGCGGUUCAGGCAAUUGGCGCACUCUAGGCCCUUGGAGGAGAUCGCCUCGGUGGACGCCGUGGCCCGGUACCGCGCCGAGUCGGAAGCCGAAGCAGCACAGUUUGGCGUGCAAAAGACGGAUCUGGAGAUUGAGAGGGAGAUACGGGCCAAGAUUGACGCCACGUUCUACCAAGUCUUUCAGCAGACACAGGAGGAGACCACGAAGCGUUGGACGUUCGAGGCCGAAAUCGCGCGACCGUACUUCCACAUCACCGAGCUGGAGCACCGGCAACUCAGCAACUGGAGGAAGUACCUCGACUUUGAGGAGUCUGAGGGCCACUACCAGCGGAUCAUCUCCUUGUAUGAAAGGUGUCUGAGCACGUGCUCACUCUACGAAGAGUUCUGGCUCCGGUACGCCCGGUGGAUGUCGGCGCAGGAGGGCAAGGAGGAAGAGGUCCGCAACAUUUACUUGCGGGCCGUUACGCUUUUUGUUCCCAUCAGUCGGCCGGGCAUCCGGCUCCAGUUCGCGUACUUUGAGGAGAUGAGCGGCCGUAUCGACAUCGCCCGGGAUGUCCACGCGGCGAUUCUGAUGGAGCUGCCGGACUGCGUCGAGGCGAUUGUCUCGUGGGCGAACCUCCAGCGGCGGCAGAGCGGCCUGGAUGCGGCGAUCGAGGUGUACAAGGCUCAGAUCGACUCACCGUCCGUCGACAUUUUCACCAAGGCAGCGCUAGUCACGGAGUGGGCGUUCCUGCUGUGGAAGGUCAAGGGCUCUGUGGACGAGGCUCGGACUGCGUUUGCCAAGAAUGUGGAGUGGUACGCGGACAGCCGGCACUUCUGGCAGAAGUGGCUCGAAUUCGAGCUGGAGCAGCCGACCAAGGCCGAUGUUGAGACGGAGCAUGCCGAGCGGGUGAAGAAAGUGUUUAGUGAACUCAGCUCGCGCAGCCGUUUGUCACCCGGGAUCAAGCAGGAGCUCGGCCAGCAGUACCUCGGGUACCUGCAGCAGCGUGGGGGCAAAAAUGCCAUGAAGGAGUUUCUUCUUGUUGACCGGGAGCUUUUUGGACCCCAAUCCGUUUCGGUCAUCACCAAGGCGAAGCAGUCCAAGGAAGGCGCUGGCCUGCCAGAACUCGAUGAGGCGACCCGGGCCAAGGCGGAGAGGCGGUUCUACAGCUACUACGAGUUGCACACGGACCCGGAUCCGAACGCCCAGGGCCCAGCUAGUUUUGACUAA